AAAAGAACCUAUACUGAAAGAAAAACAUAUAACUUGAUAAGUUGAUAUACUAAUCAAAGAGAAAUGGCAAAGAGCAAAGAUGACAUAAAGUAUGCAACUUCACAGGCAAGACUAAAUGAGGAUGAAGCUGUAAGAGUGGCUUACAAGCAUGGAACUCCACUUGAAGGAGGCAAGAUUGCUGACUCUCAACCACUUCAUCUCUUCUCAUCUGUUAAUCCCAAACACGGUCAAGACACUAAUCAAUCUUCUUCAGAUACUAAAACAAAUACUAAAGAAGGUGGAGAAGAGCACAACACCAGAAGGAGUGGCAACCCACCUGUUCUUGAUGAGCCUAAAUAAUAGAGUUUUUCAGCUAUGGUUUUUCCUUUGUUUCUGUCCUAUGGUGUCUGGUUGUAUAAGAAUGAAGAAAGAUGCCAAUUAGUAAUAAUAAUAAUACAAAUUAUAAAGUUUACUA